UUCCGGCCGUAAGCAAGGAAGGAGUUAAAGGUAGAGCCGCUCCAGCGGAAGAGAGACACCCUAUGGGACUGCUGGGCAGUUUAUGAGUCAGUUUCACCUGAAACUCUAUAAGUAGAGGUCGGAAAAGAAAAUUGGGAAGUCGAAGGUCAUUCCUCUGGAGGGGGAAACCCAACUCAAAGCUUAAGGGGCUGAGGGAAGAUCCUCAAGUGGCAGCAUCGCAAGUUCCCACCCACCUGAAUUCUACGGGAAGAAGAUCGAGGCGAGCGCUGCGUAACAAAGAGAGGCGUCCCAUGAGUUCUACCUGGAACUGACCUGGGAAACGGAGCCAAGAGUUUCGGGAAAGUCGCUCUUUGGUGUGUGUGUUCCACAGAUAAUUUUUUUUACUGCACCACUAGAGGAAAUUCUUUCAGGAAAGACUGAUUUGAGCAAGUGCUACUUCUUGAGGUUGCCUCUACUGGCUUUGAAGGGACUUGCGUGUUUCCCUCCUUAGGUCUUGGACUUGGCGACAACAACUAGAAUAAAUAAACCAGGACACCUGCGCGCGCAGGUAUAACUUGACUGAGGGGUGGGUAGGUGGGGGUCCGCUCUUGGGAGGAGAAAGGACUCGCCGUGUGCCAAGAUGGCCAGAAGUAGAAACCAGCUGCGAGUGUUGGUGAGCUUUCUAGCGACGGUGGUUGCUUUGGGUCUGAGCGAGGGGCAGGCGGGAUCUUCCUUCGGAGAGAGGUGCUUGGCCCGGUUUACAGCUGCGAAGCCGGAGUUUGUCCUGGACGUGGACGCCUCCGUGCAGAACGGAGCGACUUUCUUGUCUUCUCCUCCUCUGGAAGGGAACAGGGACUGUAUGAGAGCUUGCUGUAAGAAUCCGGCGUGUAACUUGGCCCUGGUGGAGCAGGCCCAGGGAGAGGAAGAAGACAGCAUCCAAAGCUGCUUUCUCAUGAACUGCCUCUACGACCAGACCUUUGUCUGCAAGUUUGCCAAGAAGGACGGCUUCCUCACUUACAUCGAGAGGGAUAUGUAUGAGGCCUAUAUGGCUAUCCUGGAACAAGGCAAUGGUGGAGAUCGACCCCCAGUAGCCCGUGCUCGGGCAGAUGUGAAAGUGCAGCCUGGUGAGCAAGUGACAUUGAGGGGUGCAGAAAGUUUUGAUGACCAUGGAAUUGUGCAUUAUGAGUGGACAUUUCUUGGUGGUGAUCCUUCCGUGAUGAUAGAGAAAGACAGUGAUCACGCAGUGCUCACCAACUUGAAGGAAGGGACAUAUAUCUUCCAAUUGACAGUGACUGAUACAGCUGAGCAGCAGGACUCAACCGAUGUCACGGUCACUGUGCUGAAUGCAGAACAGACCACAGAACACUGCUUGGCUCCUGCCAAGGUGGGGAAGUGUCGAGGUUCCUUCCCGCGUUGGUACUAUAAUCCAACUACAAUGCAGUGUGAGACCUUCACCUUUGGGGGCUGCAAGCCCAAUAAGAACAAUUACUUAUGGGAAGAGGAAUGUAAACUUGCCUGCAGGAAUGUGGCAGGUGCUGUUGAAGAACGGCAAGAACCAGUGUGCAGUGAAGAGUGCCCGCCCUACUAUUUCAAAUGCAGAGAUGGAUGUUGUAUUGAUAGUUUCCUGGAAUGUGAUGACACCCGUGAUUGCUUAGAUGGGUCAGAUGAAGAGUCUUGUGAGUCAUAUGUUCAAGCAUUCAAUAAAUUACAGAAGAUCAAUGUUACAGCAAGCCAAGGUCACUGUUUGGAUUUGCCAGACACUGGGUUGUGCCAAGAGAGCAUAUCCCGCUGGUACUACAACCCAUUCACUGAGAAAUGUGAUCGUUUCACCUAUGGAGGCUGUGAUGGCAAUAAGAAUAACUUUGAAAAGGAAGAAGACUGUAUAAAAUCCUGCAAAGGCGUCACAAAGGCCGAUGUGAUUGGCCAAAGAUGGAAUAGAUUUGAGACUCAGCGGGAGCAUUUAAGCUCCUUUGAAGUGGGCAUUGCUGUGCUCCUUGGUGUCUGCAUUAUGGUUGUGUCGGCAGUCCUGGGCUACAUCUUGCUCAAGAACAGAAAGACGUAUCGCCGGCGACGCCAGCCAGCUACUGCUGCCAACUCCACACUCUCUUCAGUUCUCUCCACCACUGAGGACACCGAGCACUUGGUUUACAACAGUACUACAAAGCCUAUUUGAUCCCACCCGCCCUCAAGAGCUGUCGUCCUCUUCUAGGGGAUGGGACAGUUUUUAUUCACUGCUGAUGUUCUUGAAACCAAGGCCUACAGCUGAAGGAUUUCCCAUCCUUCUUUCUCUUAGACUGUUGAUCAGCUCCAGCGAUUUUACCACCCUUAGUAGGUCUGAAUAAAUCCAGCCCCAGAGGAGAGGAGGAAUUAUGAGGAGACUAGUUUUCUCAGUUCUUUCUCCUGGUGAUACGUUGAUGCCUCUAUUUGUUGCUGUUCCACUUGAUUGCCUGAGGAAUUAGGGAGUCCAUUUGAAAUAAAUGGACUUGUACUAAUUUAAACCACGGUUUGAUUUGGUGUGGAAUUAAUCCUCCCAAAAAGCUGCUGUACUCUACAUUAAUCUCUCUACCACCACCCCCCCCGCCCCUCAGGCCUUUCCCCUUCUUUCAACUGAGUAGCAUUAAUGCCUUAAAAGUUACCUGGUUUCUCUGGGAUCCUGUGGCAUAGGGAUGCACAUAAAAGUCUUUCAACAGAUUCAAGAUGGAAAUAGAAGGUUAUAGAGUAGAACUGACAUAAUCUUCCAGUAGCUUUAGAUUUCAAAUCUGUUGUAACCUAUGGUGGGAUUGAACACACCCAGGGCUGGCUUAAGGUUGGGGAAAGCAACCGGUGUCUGUGGCCUCCUGUGACUGGGGGUGGGGAGGGCCCACCAAUACCCUGACUCUAAAAAGAAGGCAGCCCCAUUGGUGCUGCAAGUACUGCUGGAGCUCCCCUUUGCCCAGGUCGGGAAGAUAAUGCUCCUUGGCUCCUCCCACACCACAGUCUUCUACCAGUUGUGAUGCUGCAGUUGGGUGGUUCGUGUUCUAUGGUGGUUCUGGGAGCCACGAUGACUAUACACCAUGAAGGAAUGCCCACAGUCUGGUUUUUUAUAAUGAAUUCUAAUGCAUCUAGAGGGUGUACGGAAGUGACUGAGAACUAGGCCUGUAUUUUCUCCUUCUGCUUCUACCUCUAAAGUUGCCAUUUCUACUUUUAAUGUUAAAGAACUAGUUUUUCACUGUUUUGUCUGUCUGUAUUUAUUUUUAGAACUAAAAUAUGUGUUGAAACAUAUGCCUGGAUUUCUAGCUUGCUUUUAGCAUACAAAGUGAUUCUCUUUCUCCUGUCAGAUAUAGGAAUUUCAAAUGUACUUUGCUGAAGCUGGCACCAAUGCUGGUUCCUUGUGGUCAACAAGAGUUCCGGAAGAGAAGGAACCUCAUGAGAGCUGGAAAUUUUGUGUUUUUAGAGGGCCGUAAAAAGAGAGAGUACUAUGAAGGGGAACUAGCAGCUUCCCCUUUCUCAAAUGGGCAGAGAUGACCCAGGGAAACAUGGGCACAACUCAGACAGUUAUGUGGGUCAUAAAAAACCAUGACUGGAUCCAAGUGGGUUGUUCAUUGUUGCCCCACUAGUUGUGAGAAGAAUAAUGUGCCACUUUUCAGCUGAAAAUAAGAUGUUCUGAUUUCUCCAGUCCUCUUGCUAUGUCUCGGACCAGAGACCACAGUAGAAACCCCCAAGGUAAUGGUGGGGGUGCGUCCGAACACUGCCAUUGUCUCCUUGGUUGGAGAUAGUAUUCUGAACCCUUAUUAGAGGCAGGGGGAAACUCCCUGCAGCAUCCCAGAGCCUUACAGGGAUUGGGGGGUGGGGAGGGAAAGGGUCAGAACAUAAUGUGCCAAUAUCUCCCUUCCCCAGUCUCAUGAAAGGGGGGCUCCGCUGGACCACAUGUUGAACACACUGCUUUUGGGCUCCCCAUUUCCUUUCUUCCUCCCAGCUUCAGGUGUCAAUUCAUAAAAUAUAUAAAGUUGUACCUGAUAUUCACGUUUUAAUGAAGUUACUGAUCAAAAUAGUCCUUUUGCUUCUUCAUGUUGUUGUUUGGACACUGCAUUUUUCCCAUUUAACUUCUAGGAUCUGACAACUUACUCCUUAUCCUGCGUCUAUGACCACCAACUAGAAGCUGCUUUGGACAAAUGCCAUGUGAUUAAUGGCUCCAGGCUAGUCUUGUGAAUCACUCACAUUACAUGGUGAAUUUCAUGUGCCCACCAGAUUUCCUAAUGGUGAUAUCUGUGGGAUGCCUGUAACUGGAAUAGGAACAUGUGGCACCUGCUCAGGUUUCAGUUGGUGGCUGUAAUUAGUAGGUUAGCCUCAGUUUGCUUCCAUACUAACUGACUGGCCAGUUAAUGCUACUGAAUCCAAAAACAUAGCCAUGGAAUAAAUUUGUGAAUCAAAGCUGAUAAUGGCAUGUUUUCAUUUGAGGGCACCUGUUAGGAACUUGUGUCUUGAAAAUGUGAUAUAAUUUCAUUCCAUAUACUGAAUAUGAAUGCAACCCAAUCUGGUAGUUUGGAAAUAAGGCCCCUGACCCCUCCCCAAUGAAAUUGAGCAAUAGCGGAAGGUAUUUUUGCUUUACCCUUUGUAUGCUGUGUAUAUAUAAAGACUUAAGGUUUUUUAAUGUGUUUGGUUGUAAACCUAUGUUGCCAGAGAACGAGCAGACCUAUUGAGGAGCAUACUGGAAAUAUCAUGCUUCAAGUGUUUUCCCUACUGGGGCACCUUUCUCAAGUGUGGGACUACCCAAGCACGCUGCUCAGAGAAUGGAAAAGGAGGUUGGGAAGAUGGCCUGGGCUCACAGUUGUGCCUUUGAAAACAAGAUUGGGACAGGAGAAUGGUAGUUGGCAGGUUAAUGAUAUACCUGCUCCAUCCUCUUCCCUGAAAAUGUUCAUUGGUUUCUGAGCCCUUAUACUUGUAGAUCGCUCUCCUGCUGUAAAUGUAGAUUUUAAUUAAAAUACUUUGUUUGUAA